AUGAGCUUUGGGUUUGGUAUCGGGGAUUUUCUUGCAGUUAUCAAACUCGCCACCAAGAUUCGAAAAGAUUUUGUGGAAGCACCUGUUCAAUUCAAGAGCCUUUCUGAUGAAGUUAGAAGCCUCUCACUAGUAUUGCAAGAUGUGGAGAUCGACAUAUCCGCAAAGGAGCUUAGCAACCAGCAACAGGCUGAACUACACAAAAUAUCGGAAGGUUGCCACGAGGUCCUUACCGAUAUUUUAAAGAAGAUUGAAGACUAUACGGAGCUGUCGACUCCGAUUGACGGAAAACGAAAUAUCGCGAAGCGGGCGUGGAAACGCCUGAAGUGGGAACCAAGCGACAUCCAAGAACUCCGCCUUCGAGUCGGCACCAAUAUCGCACUCCUGACUGCAUUCAAUGGACAAACAAUGAAACGCAGUGUGGCAAAACUGGUACAGCAUCAAGACGAGGAAGAGUGUCGGAAAAUCCUUGAUUGGCUCUCGCCGUCAAACUAUACCUCCCAGCAAAGCGACAACAUUGGUCGACAUGAGGAAGGUACUGGACAGUGGUUCAUAGACUCAGCCGAGUUUAAAAAUUGGAUCUUAGGCUCAAAGCAAACGCUCUUUUGUCCUGGGAUACCAGGUGCUGGGAAAACAAUUCUGGCGUCUAUUGUGAUCGAUGACCUCUACGAUCGAUUUGGAAAUCAAGCCGAGGUUGCUAUUGCGUAUAUAUACUGCAAUUUCAAGCGGCAAGAUGAGAAAAGCGCUAUUGCCCUGAUAUCGAGCAUUUUGAAACAAUUGGCUCAGUCACAGUCACCGCUGCCUAGUAGCAUCCGAGAGAUGUAUACUGAACAUAUGGCCAGAGGAACAAGACCUUCAAUUGGGGAUAUAUCCAAAACUGUUAUCCAAUUGCUAUCAAAGCCGAGUGAUUUGGCGAAGGUCUAUAUUGUAAUCGAUGCCUUGGAUGAAUGUCGGAUGAGUGAUGGAUCACGAACAAGGCUCUUGGAUGCGAUGUUCGAACUUCAGGAUACUUGCAACAUAAACCUUCUCGCAACUUCCCGGUUUAUUCCUGAAAUAACUGAGACUUUCAGAGGGAAGCCAGCACUUGAGAUUCGUGCCAGCACGCCAGAUGUCAUGCGAUAUCUACAAGGAAAUUUAGAAAUGCUUCCAGCAUUUGUUUCACGAAAUUCAGAGUUGCAAACAGAUAUUUCGAUGGGGAUUACCACUGCUGUUGAUGGGAUGUUCCUACUCGCCCAGCUUUACCUCAACUCCUUGGUUGGGAAAAGAUCACCUAAAGCAAUCAGAUCCGCCUUAAAAGACAUUUCAUCAAGUACAAACCAAUACGACUCUGCAUAUCACGAUGCAAUGAAACGAAUCCAAGGACAAAUCGCCGAUCAAACAGAGAUGGCCAUGCAAGUGCUUGCAUGGAUUACUUGUGCUAAGAGACCGCUCACUACAGUGGAGCUCCAGACUGCACUAGCGGUCGAGAUAAACGAGCCAGAUUUUGAUGAGGAUAAUCUUCCCGAUCUCAUUGACAUGGUUUCGGUUUGCGCCGGCCUAGUGACCAUCGAUGAACAAAGCGAUGUCGUUCGACUGGUGCAUUAUACAACCCAAGAAUUCUUCCAGCGUAAUCAAUCAAGUUGGUUCCCAAAAGCAAACUAUGACAUUAGCAGCAUCUGCGUGGCAUAUUUGUCUUGUGAUACUUUCAAAACAGGGCAUUGCCAAACAGUGGAAGAUUUCAAAUUGCGCCAGGAUCGCUAUCCUUUUGGACCCUACGCAGCUGCUUUCUGGGGCAGUCAUAUCCGAGAGCUUGAAAUAGCUGGGGAGCAACCUCUAAUCGAGGAAGCAAUUCUUGCACUACUGCUAGACAGACCCAAAGUGGACUCCUGUUUGCAGUUCAUGGCUUGGUCUAGUAGCGACAAUUCCUAUUCCAGCUUAUUCAAUGAUAGAUUUGGAGGACGUUCCUAUCCACUAAAAGCCUCGCAGAUUGCUACAGGUCUACAUCUUACGGCUUACUUUAAUUUGCUUGAUGUGACUCAAAAAUUGAUUUCGCUUGGUGGCUUAGUGGACUGUGUGGAUGCUGUUGGAAAAACCCCUUUAUCAUGGGCAGCACAACAGAACUGUCCAGAUAUGAUAACAUUGCUUCUAAAGAAUGGCGCAGAUCCCACUAUCAAAGACAGCGAUGGCAAGACACCUCUAUUUUUAGCAGCUAUGAGUGGCCAUGAACGAGUAGUCCAGCUACUACUCGAAGGAAAUAGUGAUUCACUCUCUCCCGACGACAGAGGGAGGUUACCACUUCAUGCUGCGGCCAAGCAAGGAUCAGAUAUCGUUACCCAUCUUCUUUUGAAGCAAGGGAGCCCGCGCCCAAAAGAUAACAAAGGCCAUACUCCCUUAUUUUAUGCCACUCAAUAUGGCCAUUUAAAUUUGGUGAAGCUUUUUCUUGACUUGAAUAUAGAUGUUAAUUCCCGCGAUAUGGAAUUAAAUGGUUUGCUUUCAGCAGCAGUGCUGAAUGGACAUGAGAAAAUUGUUCAGUUUCUCCUGGACAGGGGCGCUGACCCCAAUGUUAUCGUUAUCGACAACCUUUUCAACACGACACCACUCAUGCGCGCAUCAAUCUUAGGUCAAACGUCCGUGAUACAAGUCUUGCUGAACUGGGGUGCUGAACUGGAAAUCAAAAACCAUGCGGGUCGAACUGCGCUGAGUUUGGCGGCGACCUCUCGGAAUCGAAGUACAGAAGUAAUUGACCUUCUCCUCGAGAAUGGUGCUGAUAUCAACACCGAAGACAAUGACGGUCGUGGCGUGUUGUUCCAUGCCGUCUUGGAAAACAUCUACUCUAAUUUGACAGCUCUUUGUACUUCGACCAAGAUCAGAAUCAUCAAUCAAGCCGAUCGAUAUGGCCGAACACCUCUACAUAUUGCUGCAACUCGCGGCUAUCUACAAUCAAUUCUUGCACUGUUGAAAAACACCGGUGUUGACUGUGAGGCUCAAGACAAGUUCGGCCGCACAGCACUGUCCGAUGCUAUACUGCACAAUAGAACUGAUGUUGUGAAAUUCCUGAGCACACUUUCUGAGACAAACUUUGGAGUACAAGUUGACAUGAUCGAUGACGGCCCCUAUCAAGACCACGAGCAUGCAUAUCAUUGUGAUAUUUGCAUGGCUUUCAUGCUGAAGGAUCAAUACUUCUACCACUGUGCUGCUUGUAAUGAAGGGAGCUUCAACAUUUGCGAAGUAUGCUAUCGUCUUGGGGCACGAUGCCUGGAUCGGUCUCAUGCAAUGGAACCACAGCGUGGAAUAGUGCAUGGACAUUCAGUCAUACCAUCUAGGAGAAGCGGGUACGAUAGCCUCACAGCAGCUAUACUGUAUGCUUUCUAA